AUGCUCUCCGAGAAAGCCAAUUGCCCACCCUGCGAAGCCAAGGGGAACACUGCUUCUACUCUUUUGCGUUGCCAAGGCUGUCAUGUCACCCAUUAUUGCGGUCGAGACCAUCAAGUAGCGGACAGGGAAAGCCACAAGCGGGUAUGCAACGCCAUCAAGAAGGCGCAACAGAAGCUCGACCACGAAGAGACGGCUUUACGCAACCAGCCACCUGAUAUGUUCAAGCCUGCGAGAAUCUUCGAGGAACAUGCUGGGCAUUUCUGGGGCAUAAUGGGGACACGAAACUACAUGAGAGCGCGUUAUGGCCUCAUUGAAGCUCUUUUGCAGGUCAAGACCUAUGCCGCCGUCAAGGCUGCCCAUGAUCAUGCCAUGGACUGUCUUCGCCUCUGUCGUUCGGAUAACAUGGGGGUUCGGGAUAUGCUUCCUGCCUUGAAGCUUCGACUUGGGCAAGAUCAAGAGUGCUAUGAUUUCAUCAAGUGGUAUGCUACUACGGGUUCGGAUGGUAAAUAUGACUGGGGCGAUUUGGAUAAUCCAUUCCUCGACCUCAAGGGAGAAGAUGUUUUCGAGACAUUGCCGGCCAACACGACCCAUCGAUAUGGCGAUCUCCCACAUACUGUUGCUCUCACACUGCUCAAGCUUCGAUUGAAGCUGGACCUCCGUGAUCUACAACGAUCAUCAAUCAUCGGAACCCAAGUUCCACAAGAGAUCAUGGACAAUAUCCGCGAGCAAGCUGUGGGCAAGAUUGUCUCGCGGAGAAAAGACAUCAUGCGCGCAACGGAUCUGACGCUGUUGAGCAGGGAGCUCGAUGAGCAAAUCCAGGCCCUGAUCAGGGGGGUGGAGGCACAAAACUCACACUUCUGGCACGGCUUGUUGCGACCAGAAAAUGAUUUGACCACACGUUUCGAAGCGUACUCGCCAGGUUCGGUCCAGGAGAUGCAACGUGCCCUCCAGUUGAAUUAUGAUUCGUGGAUUGAGACCCCCCGCGCCUUGGACCUGAUGAGAGAGUUCCUUCGUCGCAAAGUCUAA